UUUUUUUUUUACUUCUGCCUCUCCCUCUCUUUUAAAUGGCUUCUAAACACUUCCAGAAACAGAAACAGGCAAAACAAGAAAAGAGACUUUCCACCUUUUUCUCUCCACAAAAGACUCAAGAUUCCAAUGAUGAUCCAUCCCUAGAUUCCUCUAUUGCAAUGACUCCUUCCUCUGCAGAAUCAGCUGCUGUUACUACAGAAAUAAUAAAAACGCUUUUAGAUAACACUUUAAAAGAGAUCCAGGAAAAGUCUACUGAUCCCCAAAAUGCUAUUUCCAGGGUAUUAACCCGAAUUCAAACAAUCGAGGAAAAACAAGAACAUAUAGAAUUCCAAAUUCAAACUCUUAAAGACACACACAAAGAAACAGAAAUGAAAGUAAACCAGCUUGAAACCAAGAUAGCUGAUUUGGAAGACCGAGCCCGAAGAACAAAUUUGAAAUUCAGAAAUAUUCCUGAAAAUAUAACAAAUGAUAAAUUGAAAGAUUUUAUGAAGUAA